AUGGUCUGCUCUAUUUCGUGCCUUACAGAAAUAAAAUCUGAAGUUGCACAUCCCAUUAGACUACCUAAUGGAGAUGUCACUAUUGCCACUCAUAUAGGAAAUGUUAAAAUUACAGAAAAUCUGCACCUCCAUGAUGUUCUUUUUGUUCCAUCAUUCUCAUUUAAUUUGAUAUCUAUUAGGAAGCUUGCCAAGACAUCAAGUUGUUGCCUUAUAUUUUCAUCUGAUCUAUGUUUCGUGCAGGACCUUUCAACUUGGAGGACGAUUGGUCUGGGUGAAGUGAGGCAAGACCUAUACCAUCUAGUGCAAAAUAAAGUCCCUCCUGAUAGCUUGAUUCAGAAAUUACCAGAACUCACCAGCAAAAUCACCAUAUCCGCUGCCGUUAAUCAAGAGGAUUUUGACCUGUGGCACUUCAGAUUAGGUCAUCCCUCAGAUCCUAGAUUGCGUCUGACCAACCUGCAUCAAAAUUCCAACCACAAGCACAUCAUGAAACUGUGUCCUAUCUGUCCCUUAGCCAAACUUCAUAGGAAACCAUUCAAUACCAAAGCGCCAGAUCAGGAACCUAAUCCAAAUAUUGAAAUCUCAGAAGAUGAUCAGCCUAAUUCUGAGUAUAGAGAUCAACAUGAACCUCCAAAUAACUCCUAUGUUCCUCGAAGGUCUGAAAGAAGCAAGAAAACACCUGCUUACCUACAAGACUUCAUCUACCAACAAGUUGCCUCACUCACUCAUUCUCAAACGUCUGAUAAGAAGAAAGGGAUUGUGAUUCCAAGCUGCAGAUGGGUUUACAAGAUCAAGUUCAAUGUAGAUGGAACCAUCGAGAGGUAUAAAGCAAGGCUUGUAGCGAAGGGAUAUACUCAAUUGGAAGGAGUGGAUUAUCACGAGACAUUCUCUCCUGUGGCAAAGUUAGUGACAGUAAGAACACUAUUAGCCAUAGCAGCAGCCAAAGGAUGGUAUUUACAUCAAUUCGAUGUGAAUAAUGCAUUCUUACAUGGAAGCCUAGAAGAGGAGGUAUAUAUGGAGAUUCCCCCUGGGUAUUCUACUGAUCAAAAUUCAGAUUUGCACAACAAGGGAUCUUUUAAAGUUUGCAAAAUCAACAAAAGUUUGUAUGGCUUGAAGCAGGCGUCUCGACAAUGGUACUCCAAACUAUCCAUUUUCAUCAUAGAACAGGGAUUCCAACAAUCAAAGGCAUAUUACAGUUUGUUUGUCAGGAGUACAGGUGAUUCCUUCACUACCAUACUGAUUUAUGUUGAUGACAUAAUAAUAGCUGGAAGCAAUGAGAAAAUAAUUGAUUCUCUUAAAGUUUUGCUUGAUGAGAAAUUCAAGAUUAAAGAUCUAGGAAAUCUAAAGUAUUUUCUUGGAAUAGAGGUGGCUAGAUCAACUAAAGGUAUUCAAAUCUGUCAAAGAAAAUAUGCAUUGGAUAUUCUAUCAGACUUAGGGACAAUUGGAGUUACUCCAGCCAAGAUUCCUCUUGAUCAGAAUGUUAAAUUGUCCAAGGAUGAAGGAGACACACUGCCUGAUCCAGCUUCAUACAGAAGGCUAGUUGGGAGACUGCUCUAUUUGACUAUUACCAGGCCUGACUUGUUGUAUUCAGUGCACUUGCUGAGUCAAUAUAUGCAAGCUCCUAGGACAUCUCAUAUGAAUGCUACACGUAAGAUACUCAGGUAUAUCAAGAGAGCACCAGGUUUAGGAUUAUUUUUCCCCUCAAACUCAAAUUUACAACUCAAGGCCUAUACUGACUCAGACUGGGGGGGCAUGUCCAGACUCUAG